AUGGUUACAUUGACUGUGUCAGGUAAGCUAUCACAUUUGUGUAAUCUGAUCAGGUCAGGUAAACUAUCACAUUUGUGUAAUCUGAUCAGGUCAGGCAAGCUAUCACAUUUGUGUAAUCUGAUCAGGUCAGGCAAGCUAUCACAUUUGUGUAAUCUGAUCAGGUCAGGCAAUCUAUCACAUUUGUGUAAUCUGAUUAGGUCAGGUAAGCUAUCACAUUUGUGUAAUCUGAUCAGGUCAGGUAAGCUAUCAUAUUUGUGUAAUCUGAUCAGGUCAGGUAAGCUAUCAUAUUUGUGUAAUCUGAUCAGGUCAGGUCAGGCAAGCUAUCACAUUUGUGCAAUCUGA